AUGGCGCCGAGAAAUCGGGACCUCUCCGGGUACCAGUACUCAGCGCUUUCGUCGCUGGUGCUUAGCUCUGGACGGAGGCAAGGCGAUAAUGAGCCUACCGGCGAGGCCGAGUCGCUUGUCGGCCGUAUCGACCCUAAGGCGAUGGGCUCGCGCGUCGCGCGGCAGCCCGUAGCGGAUUUGGAAAAGAAAAAGCGCAAGGCGGCGGAGGAUGACGAGCUUUUUUCUGUGCGCAAAGUACAAGCGGGUGCGCACGAUACGCAGUACACAGAUGUGCUCCAGGCGACCGCGGAGCUUGACGGGCUGCGGUAUAUUCCGCGCACGGACGAAACGCGGAGUGUGUACGAGAUGGUGCUGAGCCUUGUGCACGGCUCGCUCGGCGACCAAUCGAGUGAGAUUGUGCGUUCUGCUGCGGACACGGUUUUGGAGAUUCUCAAGGACGUUACUAUGCGCGACCUGGACAAGAAGCGGGACGUGGAAGGGGUUGUAGGCCCCCUCUCUGAAGAGUCCUUUGCACAGCUCUUGAACCUGAGCAAGCGCAUUACCGAUUAUGAAGAGGAGACGGGCGAGCCGAGUGGUGAUCGCGAUGUCGAGGACGAGACGGGCGUUGCUGUCCUGUUUGAGAGCGAGGAAGAAGCGAGCGAUGGCGAACAGGAGACGUUUGUUGUGCGCGACGCCUCCGACGACUCGGAUGUCGAACAGGCGCCGGAAAAUGAGCUGACCGACGUGCCAGAAGACAUUGUUAUCGGCGAGCGCAGCGCCGCGCGCGACGACGACCAUGUCCGGCCGCACGACGUUGACGCAUACUGGCUGCAGCGCCAAGUCGCCAAGUACUACUCCGAUGCGUACGAAGCAAACGAGAAAGCGGAUGCGGCCUUGGACAUUCUUGGUGACGACACAAACAUGCGCGACUGCGAAAACAGCCUCAUGGAGCUGUUUAACUACGACAAUUUUGCUCUCGUGCAGCUCCUCACAACGAACCGCGACGUGGUGGUUUGGUGCACGCGCCUUGCGCGCGCAAACGAAGACGAGCGCAUGGACGUGCAAGUGGCCAUGCGCGAGAGGAAUGUGGCGUACAUCUUGAAGCAGCUUGCCGGCCAGGACCCUGCGCUGCACGAGGAUGAGCUCGAGGCCAAGAAACGCGACACGCAGCGCCUCUUAUCGCACGCGACUAUUGCGCCGGGCUCCACCGCACAGCCACGCGCCACGAUCGACCUGGAGGCGAUGGCGUUCAGCGAAGGGGGGCACUUGAACUCCAACCCCAAAGUCCGUCUUCCGCACGGCAGUUUCAAGCGGAGCAAAAAAGGGUACGAGGAAAUUCACAUUCCUCCUCCCGAAAAGCAGACUGUUCCCUCGUCGGACCUCGUCCCUAUUCACGCGCUUCCCGCGUGGGCACUAGCCGCCUUCCCCGGCGCCACAUCGCUCAACCCUGUCCAGUCGCGUUGCUAUCCCAUUGCAUUUGGUAGCGACGAGCCGAUGCUCCUCUGUGCGCCCACCGGUGCAGGCAAGACCAAUGUCGCAAUGCUCACCAUUCUUCGCGAAAUGCAGCACUACCGCGACGAGCACACCGGCGCGCUCGAUCUGGCCGCGUUCAAGAUCGUGUACGUUGCGCCGAUGAAGGCGCUUGUCGCGGAGCAAGCGGCCAACUUCCGCGAUCGGCUCGCUCCCUUUGGCAUGACUGUCAAUGAGCUUACGGGCGACAGCCAGCUGACCAAGGCGCAGAUUGCCGAGACGCAGGUGAUAGUAACGACGCCGGAAAAGUGGGACGUAAUCAGCCGCAAAAGCUCCGAUACUUCGUACACAAACCUUGUACGCCUCCUGAUCAUCGACGAAAUCCAUUUGCUCCACGACGAUCGCGGCCCUGUGCUCGAAGCGAUUGUCGCACGCACGAUCCGCAAGAUGGAGCAGCUGAGCGAUCCUGUGCGGCUCGUCGGCCUGAGCGCAACGCUGCCGAAUUACCGCGACGUUGCCGCCUUCCUUCGCGUGAAUCCCGCGCGGGGAUUACUCUACUUUGAGAGCGGCUACCGCCCCGUGCCUUUGCGUCAAGAGUACAUCGGCAUCACCGAGUCGAAGGCCAUUAAGCGCCUCCAAGUGAUGAACCAAGUUACCUAUGAAAAGACGCUCGAGCACGCGGGCAAGAACCAGCUGCUCAUCUUUACCCACUCGCGCAAAGAGACGGCCAAAACGGCCAAGUAUAUACGCGACAAGGCCAUGGAAGAAGACACCCUCGGCCAGUUUCUUCCGGUGUCUGGCGCGAGCCGUGAAAUUUUGCAGUCUGAGCUGGAGAAUGCCAAGGAUGCAAACUUGAAAGACGUCUUGCCCUAUGGCUUUGGCAUUCACCACGCAGGCAUGAACCGUGCCGACAGGCAGCUUGUCGAGGACCUCUUUGCCGAUGGGCAUAUCCAAGUACUCGUGUCCACCGCCACCCUGGCCUGGGGCGUGAACUUGCCCGCGCACACGGUGAUUAUCAAAGGUACGCAGAUCUACAACCCCGAAAAAAGCCGGUGGACAGAGCUGUCGCCGCAAGACAUGCUCCAAAUGCUCGGUCGUGCCGGGCGUCCGCAAUACGAUACGGUGGGCGAAGGCAUCAUUAUAACGAACCACAGCGAGCUGCAGUACUACCUGUCGCUCCUCAACCAGCAGCUGCCCAUCGAGUCGCAGUUUGUCGCGCGUCUCGCCGACAAUCUGAAUGCGGAAAUUGUGCUCGGGACGGUGCGAAACAGGGACGAGGCGGUGGCUUGGCUGGGGUACACCUAUUUGUAUGUGCGCAUGCUGCGCACCCCUGCACUCUACGGCGUCACGCAUGACUAUCUCCAGCAGGACGCGUUUCUCGAGCAAAAACGCGCCGACAUUGCCCACAGCGCCGCUGUCCUCCUCGAGAAAGCAGGCUUGCUCAAGUACGACCGCACAACGGGGCUCUUUACCUCGAACGAGCUUGCACGCAUCGCCGCGCACUAUUACCUCACGCACACAAGCAUGGGCACGUUCCACCGCCACCUCAAAAGCCAUGUGGGCAUGAUUGAGCUCUUGCGCAUCUUCUCCCUCUCGGACGAGUUCAAGCACCAAAUGGUGCGCCAGGACGAAAAGGUGGAGGUGGGGCGCAUGUUGGAGCGUGUGCCUGUGCCGGUGAAGGAGACGCUCGAGCAGCCCAGCGCAAAGAUCAAUGUGCUCCUCCAGUCCUGGAUCUCGCAGCUCGCGCUGGACGGGUAUGCUUUGGCCGCGGAUAUGGUGUAUGUCACGCAGUCUGCCGGGCGUAUUCUACGUGCGUUGGUAGAGAUUUGCAUUGUGCGUGGCUAUGCAAAGGUCGCACGUCUCGCGUUGGACCUCGCCAAGAUGGUUGAGCAGCGCCAAUGGAGCUCCAUGACGCCCUUGCGCCAGUUCAAGGGCGUCCCUGCCGACCUCAUCCGCCGCCUCGAGCGCAAAGAGUUUCCCUGGAGCCGCAUGCGCGACUUGGAGCCCAACGAAAUUGGCGAGCUAAUUGGCAUUCCAAAAGCAGGCCGGCUCGUGCACCGGCUCGUGCAUCAAUUCCCGCGCCUCGAGCUGCAGGCCUACUUCCAGCCGCUCACGCCUUCGCUGCUCCAGGUGCACCUCACCAUCACCCCCGACUUUCAGUGGGACGAGCGAGUGCACGGCGGCGCGCAGAGUUUCUGGCUCUUUGUCGAGGACGUCGACGGGGAGAUCAUCUUGUUCUACGACCAGUUCGUGCUCCUGCAGCGCUACGCAGAGGAAGAGCAUACCGUCACCUUUACUGUGCCGCUCACCGAGCCGCUCCCGCCCAAUUACUACAUUACCUUGCUCAGUGAGCGGUGGCUCCACAGCGAAGUGCGCCUUCCCAUUUCUUUCAAGAACCUCCUUCUUCCCGACAAGUUUCCGCCACCCACGCCGCUCCUUGCGCUGCAGCCACAAACGAUCGCAGCGCUGGGCGACGCCGCGGCAUUCUACCCGUUCGAUACGCUGAACAAGAUCCAAACGCAGGUGUUCCAUGCGCUCUACGCCACCGACGAGAACGUGUUUGUCGGCGCGCCGACGGGCUCGGGCAAGACGCUCUGUGCAGAGCUGGCCCUGCUGCGUCUUUGGCAGCAGGGCGCAGGACGCGCCGUGUGCAUCGUUCCCUACAAUGUCAUGGUCGCACCCCGCCUCGCACACUGGAAAGCAUUUGCUCCCAACAAGCACAUUGCUGCGCUCACAAGCGACGUGGUCACCAACCUGCGCCUCCUGGAGCGCGCCGAUCUUGUCAUAGCCACGCCCGCGCAGUGGGAUGUGCUCUCGCGGCGCUGGCGCCAGCGCACAAAUGUGCAAACCAUCGCGCUGUACAUUUACGACGAGAUGCAGUUGAUCGGCGACGAGCGCGUCGGGCCGACGCUGGAAAUUGUGUGUUCGCGUGUGCGCUUUAUGGGCGCACAGCUGGACCGUUCGGUGCGUGUGGUGGCGCUUGGCACGUCCAUUGCCGAUGCCAACGAUCUCGGCGACUGGCUCGGCGUGCCGCGCGCGAACGUAUUCAACUUUGCGCCGAGCGCGCGGCCGGUGCCGAUGGAAGUGCAUUUGCAAACCUUUACCAUCCCGCACUUUAGCUCGCUCAUGCUUGCGAUGGCAAAGCCAGCGUACCUUGCGAUCAUGGAGUAUGCACCCACGCAGCCUGUCCUUGCAUUUGUUCCUACGCGCAAGCAGGCCAAGCUCACCGUGGACGACAUUCUUGCGUAUGCCCUUGCGGACCACGACCAGGAAACGUGCUUCCUAAACAUGGAGCCCGAGCACCUUGCGCCGCACCUGGAGCGCAUCCAGGACGAGGAUCUGAAGGCGUGUGUUGCCCAGGGCAUUGCAUACUACCACCAAGGCCUCUCGCGCAGCGACCAGCGUCUGCUUGAGCGCCUCUUUUCCGCCGGUGCCAUCCAAGUCUUAGUCGCGAGCCGCGAUGCGGUGUGGAGUUUGCCCGUCACCGCACAUCUCGUCCUGAUCAUGUCUUUGCAGACGUACGAAGGGAAAGAGCACCGCUAUGUCGACUAUCCCCUCACGGACAUGCUGCAAAUGGUCGGAAAGUGCACACAGCCCGGCGAGGAUGGGAGCAGUCGCUGCAUGCUCUUUUGCCAGGCGAACCGCAAAGCGUACUUUAAAAAGUUCCUUGCGGAGAGCUACCCCCUCGAGUCGCGCCUGCAUGCGUAUACCCAAGACUUUCUAAACGCCGAGAUUGUCGCGCGCACUGUGGAAGACAAGCAAGGCGCGGUGGAUAUGCUUACAUGGACAUUCAUGUACCGCCGCCUGCAAAAGAAUCCGCAGGCGUACGGUGCCCAAGGACGGGAUAUGGAGCACAUUGGCGACUACCUUUCCGAGCUUGUCGAAACGACACUCGGCGAGCUCGAGAGCACAAAAUGCAUUGCGAUGGAGGACGAUGUGGAUGUGAGUCCGCUAAAUCUCGGCAUGAUUGCGAGUUUCUACAACGUGAGCUACGCGACCAUCGAUGUCUUGCACCUUUCUCUCUCCCCCGCCACGAAACUGCGCGGCAUGCUGGAAAUCGUGAGCUCCGCGGCUGAGUUUGACGACAUCCCGAUCCGGCACCACGAAGACGUGCUUUUGCGCCGCUUGUACGACCGCCUUCCGCUGAAGCUGGAGCGUCUCCAGGUAGAGAGUCCGCACCACAAGGUGUUUAUCCUCUUGCAGGCCCACUUUUCCCGCCUCACGCUCCCGGCGGAUCUUGCGCAGGACCAAAGAGAGGUGCUGGACAGAGUGCUCACGCUUCUCAACGCAUGUGUCGAUGUGAUGAGUUCUGGCGCGAUGCUGAAUGCCAUCAUCGCCAUGGAGCUCAGUCAUAUGUGUGUGCAGGCCGUUUGGGAUCGCGACUCGCCACUGUACCAAGUCCCGCACUUUACCAAGGCGACAGUCGAGCGCUGCCACGCGCGUCAAAUCGACGACGUGUUUGCCCUCGGCGAUGCGCUCCCCGAUAUGCGCGAAAAAGAGCGCGAGGAGCUGUUGCAGCUGGACAAGCGCCAGCUCGCAGACGUGGCGCGUCUUACCAACGAGUUUCCGUACAUCGAGGUGCAUUUUGAAGUCGAGAAUGCACAGCAGCUCGACAGCGCCACGCCGAUUGUGCUGCACGCGACCCUUGAGCGCGAGGCGGACGAGGAAGAAGAGCCGGACAAUACGGCGAUUGCGCCAUUCUUCCCAUCGAAGAAACUCGUUGCAUGGUGGCUUAUUCUCGGGGAUCCCGGCUCGCGCAGCUUGCUGAGUAUUAAGCGCGUGACGCUUUCGCGCUCGCUCCGUGUACGCCUCGAGUUCCAGCUCCCGGCAGGCACGCACGACCGCUUGAAACUGUACCUGAUGUGCGAUAGUUAUGUGGGCGCGGACCGUGAGCUGGACCUUGCGCCGCUGCAUGUCGCACAAGGCGAAGAGGACGCGGACUCGGAAGAGGAGAUGCCGGAUGCGUAG